GAUUCCACCCUCUAAACUUUCCUGCUGUAAAAUCUUAGCGGUGUUUAUUCAUAACGGCAGGCGAGGCGCCUCAUCUGGAGUCGAGCAGCUCAGCCGAAUCCCUCCGCUGAGGCCAUGAAGAGAAGGCUUCAGAAAAAAUACAUCAUCUUAAUUCUAGGAUACUCCGUGGCGCUGCUUUUAAUUCCAUACGUACUAGAUUACCGGAGCAAGUCGCCUCACAUUAAGGAUGGAUACCAGCAACAAAAGUGUCCCGAUCUGGAGAGCACUAUCGCCCUGUGGAGCAGCAUCAGGUCGGCCAACUCAACGGAGGCGGAGGACAGCGGCAACAGGAGUCAGUCCAGAACACACAUAUACCUCCACGCGACCUGGAGGACAGGCUCUUCCUUUUUAGGGGAACUAUUUAAUCAGCAUCCCGAUGUGUUUUACCUGUACGAGCCCAUGUGGAAUAUGUGGCAGGCGCUUUACCCGGGGGACGCGGGCAGUUUACAGGGAGCAGUGAGAGACAUGAUGAACUCCCUGUUCAGGUGCGACUUCUCGGUCUUAAAACUCUACGCAGGCUCGUCCAACGUGAGCACCUCGUUCAUUUUCGGCUGGAAAACCAACAAGGUAAUUUGCUCCGAGCCUCUGUGCAACGCGUACAAAAAGCACGAGAUCGGCUUGGUUCAAGGGGACGUGUGUAGCAAAUGCCAGCCCAAAGACCUCAGAGAGCUGGAGAAAGAGUGUAAAAAGUACCCGGUGAUGGUGAUCAAAGACGUGCGGGUUUUGGACUUGGCGGUUCUGGUGCCUCUCAUGCGAGACCCCGCCAUCAACCUCCAGAUAGUGCAGUUGUUUCGCGACCCCCGGGCCGUGCACAACUCUCGGCUGAAGUCCAAGCUGGCACUGGUGAAGGAGAGCAUACAGGUGCUGAGGAGCAAGAAACAAAGCGAGAAAUACAAGCGGCUUCUGGUGCCCAGCAACAGGGUGCACCGGGCUGAGAACUAUGUCUCCAGCGCGAUGGAGUUAAUAUGCGACAACUGGCUGAACGACAUGUCGCUAGUUCUGAACGCUCCGCCGUGGGUCAAAAGAAACUACAUUCGGGUCAAAUACGAAGACCUGGUGCUCAAACCCGUGGACGAGCUCCAGAGGCUAUACCGCUUCGCUAACCUCACUCUUUCUCCAGCCAUGGAGAAGUUUGUGAUGAACAUGACCCGCGGGCGAGGCUAUUCCUCGGAUAAACCCUUCCUCAUAUCAUCCAGAGACGCCAAAGAGGCGAUUUUUGCCUGGCGGGAAAGACUGAAUGUGGAGCAGGUGAAGCAGGUUGAAGCUUACUGCAGUGAGGUGAUGAGACAGCUGGAUUAUCAGAAGAGGAACAUGGACAAGACCUAAAACCACCCGCACACCAGUGUUUGGAGCCUGAUGUGUUGGAGGAACAGGAGGACAGUGGGGGAAACAGCCUGACAUGAAGCUACACCAGAAGGGUACGACAACGCGGACCGGAGCUGGAGAGCAACACCCCCGAGAUCUCCCUCACAGGCCCGCCACGGGGCACAGAGUAUACCACAGAAGAGUCUGACAAGAGAGACACUCACAAACCCACCGGCCUCAAAACCAUACUGACAACAAUCCUAGAAAACAAAGACUAACAAUAACACAGACAGAGAAGGAGAACGAAACGGCCAUCAAAGGCUCAGAGUGUCCCGGCAGACAGAUUUCAUCCACAAUAAUCCCUGCCCAAUCCCCAGACGCCUAUAAUCAGCCACACGGGACAGACGCUACAGGCUCUUUACACGCAUUUGCAUUAUUGCACAAGCGUUAGGGCCUAUUGUCAGUUUGUUGGAAGGAUUUGAUAAUGAAAGCAUCCCUGGGCAUUUCUGUAUUCAUCAACAACAAACGAAGAGGAUUGUUAUCACUCGCAAGUACUCUCAAUGAAGCACGAACUGCAAUUGAGGAGCUGGAGAAAUGGGUGGAGAAUUCCUCCCAAAGGAAAUCUAAAGUUCUCUACAACACUCCCACUGGUGUGAGAUUUCCCGGAUCCCCCUGGACAUCACCAGUUUUAUUUUUUAUUAUUGUAUGACGUCUAGCCCUGGGCUGUUAGAUUAGAAAGAUUGUUGUGUUGUGUUGUGUUGUGUUCACCUGCGGCCUUUUUUACACCUGUUAUUCAGAUGCGUUUUGGUUGAGCAGAUCACAGGUAGAUGAGAGAGACAUCCUCCCUGUAUAAAUACAUGACAAAAACUCAAUGUUUUUAAUUUACUUUAACUAAAAUUAAUUCGUUUUUCUAGUUAUACAGUAUAUGAAGUUAAACUUAGUAUUUUAGUCAGUUUGGCUGACAUAAAGUGAAACUAUAGAAGUUCCUUUGAUUUAACAAAAAAAUUGUAGACAGUAAGAGUAUUUUACAGUGACUAAAUUUACAUGAACAUCAGUAAUCAAAUAACUUGCCUUAGUCUGAUUAUGACAAUAGUAUGAUUGAUGCGUUUAAAUGUGUUUAAAUGAGUUGCUUUCUGAAUGUUCCUUUCAUGAUCCCGUUUUACAUGUUACACCACAUUAUUUGAUUAGCGUCAUUGCGUCACCACACUAUCCACAUUUGCUCCAGAGUUUCAUGUAAUUUCGGGUGUUUCAUUUUUAAUCAGUCAACUUUAGCUGCAGUUUGGCACUUUUACUUUUAUUAAGGAACAUUUCAGAGAGUAUGAAUUAAGGACUGAUGGAAGAGUAUGUUUUAAUGGAAUUCAAUGCCGCAACUCCGUAUUUCACAGUGUAUGUGUCUGUGGUUCUUCACUGACUUGAUAGGUGCAGAGAAUAGUGUAAAACAGCUGUAUGUGUAUAGACCACCCUGUCGCAAAAUGCGCUGAAAAGUCCUACGGUACAUGAUGGUAAUAGAUUGAUUGCAGUGUUUACAUGUCUGUACUAGGGAUGCUCAAAAUAACCGUUAACCAGAAGGGUGUGCUUUGUAUUAAUUAAUGGUAUCAGUUAAAUGAUUAAAAAUAUUAUUUUUGAUAUUUUUAAAGUUUGGCUGCACAAGGGGCCGAUCACAGGAUCACAGGAACAGUCUUUUGGCUACACUUUUGAAUGGUUUACUAACAGCCGCGAGUGUUUUGCGCACUGCUUAGGGGCCGAUCACACUGAAAGCAAAUUUACGUUCCGUGGAUGGAAGUUAUUCGCAAAUCUUUUAUGUUAUAUUCCAGUUUUGCGCAAACAUUUAAUUUGCAUCACUGGAUGAAAACAUAGCUACUGUAGAAGAAUGGUUUGUUUUGGAGACAAUUGAAACAAUAUAAAGCUUACAGGGCCGAACGCGCUUUUACGUUCCAAAAACUCGGGGUGCACUACACUGCCUUUUUUUGUUGACAAGAAAAAAAAAACGUACGAUGCGCUUUUUAUGUUGCUAGGGAACCACUGAAUCAGCUGUGUAUUGUGCGUAUUGCGCGAGUGUUGCAGUCGAUAUUGUUAUAAAUGUGAUAUUUAAUAAUAUUGUGAUAUUCAAGAUUUGUGAAGUCAUACAGCUCCUGAUAAUUCGCUAGUCUCCCCUCCAUCUUUAAAAGUCUUUGUAGUUAUCAUGACAACACAAACACUGCUGUCGCCUCAACGGAAAGUUGCUUUUAUUUGAUUGGAGAAUGAAAUAGACGCGACUGAUGCAACAAGCUUUUAUUUUCAACGUGAGGCAGAGCUGUAUUACUUUUCAAGGCCUAAAUAUCACAAUAUUAUUAAAUAUUACAAUUAUAUAAACAUCAACAGCAACACAAUACACAGCUGAUUCAUUCGUUUCCUAGUCACAUUAAAAAAAAAAAAACAGUAUCUUACUCAUAAACAGUGAUUUUUUUUUUUGUCUCAUCAACAGAAAGGCAGUGUCACAUUUGCCACAUUUUUGGUGCGUGAAGAUGUUCUGUUGUUCUGUAUGCUGUUGUGCAUUAAAGUGCAAUAUUUAAUGUGUCAGACACAAAAGAGAUACAUCAAUUAAAUUUUUUUUUAAUUAAAUAAUAAUUAUUUAAUAUUAAUCUGACAAGUUAACCGUUAAUAUUUGGUUAACGUCCGGUGGUUGUCGGUUGGCAAAAUUACCGAAAUGAGCAUGCCUAGUCUGUAUUGCACUUAAUCGGCAUACUCAAUGUCUUAAUCUUAAUCCGAUUUCUGUUCAGUUCGAUUAUGGCCUUAAUAAUCUGAUUAUGGCCUUAAUCGGAAUAAAUUUAUCAGAAAUCACCGUUUACAUGGUCGACUCUUAAUCAGUCUUAAAGAUAUUAAAAUCUGAUUAUUGGUGUCAUGCGUGAUCAAAUAGUUUGCCUUAAUCUGAAUAAGAUAAUAAUAUGAUUGGGUGUUUACAUGAGUUGCUUUUUGAUUCUUUUCAUGUUCCCGUUUUACAUGUUCUAACGCAGUUUGAUUGACGUCAUCGCGCCACCACGCUAUCCACAUUUCCUCCAAGGCUUCAUGUAAUUUCUGAUGUUUCAUGUCUAAUUUGUCUACUUUAAAUGCAGUUCGGCAGUUUCACUUUCGUUUCGAACAUUUCAGUGAUGAUAUAUGGUAAUAGUUUGAUUGCUUCUGUCUGCAUCUGCAUCACACUUCAAUAAUGCGACUAAAAUCAUCAUACUCCACAUUUCUUAAUUCCAUUACUAUUUAGUUCGAUUAUGAACUUAAUCAGAUUAAAUUAAUCAAAAAAUCACUGUUUAUAUAGUAGAGUGUUGUCUUAAUCGUAUUAAUAUCGGAUUAUUGAUGUCCAUGUAAAUGUACUCAAUGUUCCUGGUGUUUUAAUCAGUCUAUUUGUGCUCAUGCAUGCAAUUCAUGCAUGAAGUAUAAAUGACAAUAUGGAGAUCAGCAGCAGUUUUUUCUGCUCUGGCAAAUGCAGAACUACACCAAAUUAAGAAAUAAAUGUGAUUUUCAUCAUGAAACUCGACUUGAAGUUAUAAUUCAGCCCAAAAUGAACAUUUACUCAAUUUAUUCAGUAAAGUUAAGAUAUUUAGAGGAAAGCUUAAAAACCUGUAAACAUUGACUUCCACCUUAGGAAAAACAAAUACUAUAAAAGUCAAUGGUUACAGGUUUUCAGCAUUAUUCAGUAUAUCUUUUGUGUUCAGCGGUUUUAAAGAAGAGUGAAUAAUUGAUGACAGAAUUUACAUUUUGGUUUGAAGUUUAAAUCUAGCUAAUCAAUCUUCAACAAUGUACCUCAAUGUUUAAAAAUGAGGUCAGUAUGCAAAUAUGAAACUAUGUUUAGUGGUUGUUCGAACACAUUCAACAACAUGAGCAUUUACACCACAUAUACAUUUUGGACUACCUCUGGGAGUGGUCGAAAGCAGAUUCAGACGUAUAGUUUUGUGAUCGGAUCAACCAAAACUCAUCUUAAUACCAGAUAUAAAAAUGGCCAACGUAUGAAGAGCAUAGAAUUGCAGAUUGAACUCAUCACAGGCUUCCAGUUCCUGGAGGGCCGCUGCUCUGCACAGUUUAGUUCCUACCCUGCUCCAACACACUUACCUGUAGGUUUCAAAGAAGCCAGAAGGACUCAAUUAGUUGGAUCAGAUGCGUUUAAUUCGAGUUGGAAUUAAACUAUGCAGAGCUGUGGCCCCCGAGGAACUGGAAUUGACACCAGUGGAAUAGAUAAAUGGGUGAAAUGUCUAACCUCAAACUAAAACACACAAUCAUACUUGGAGGAUUACAGGUGUUACUGUUCUCUAAUAGAAAUGCUUUUACUGGUCAAAAACAUCCACGGUAUUAUCAUUUUGUUAAUGCAGUUUUUUUGAUGUGAACUUCACAACUGAUCAAUGAACAAAUCUCUUAUUUAUAAAUAAAACUUGUACAUAUGUUUUGUAGUA